AUGGAUUCAACUGAGACUCCUGAUAAUCAGCCUACAAAUUUUCAAAACAAGAUGUCUAAAAAAAAGAUGUCUAAAAAAGAAGGAUGUCCAGCAUUACCUAUUUGGGAAAAUUUUAAAAAAAGUAUACCAAAUAAGUUUGGUUAUUAUAGUGCUACUUCACCUGAUCAUAUUAUUACUUUUUAUCUUCAUAAAGUUGCUGAAAGAGGUGAAAAACUUUCAUUAGCCGAUAAUAAAGCUAUUUACAAUAAUACUGUAGAACAAACAGCUUUUGCUAAUUGGAAAGAUACUCGGCAACCAAUUAGUGAGGAGAAAGCUAUUAAUUUAGUAGAAUUUCAGUUACAAGAGAAUAAAAAAUUAAAAAUUGAAGAAUUAAUUGAUUUGAAUAACUCUAUUUUUAUAGAAGAAAAUAUAAGCAAUAAUAGAUAUAUUGAAGGACGUGGAAAUUUAAAUUUUAGUAUUGAUAAUAUUAUAAAUGAUUUUACAACUAGCGAAUCAAAUACAUAUUGA